AUUCACGCAAAUAUUUAGGCCGGCUCAAAUAAUAGUAUUGGAAGGCAUUAUGUUCGACUUCCAAAGCUCGAUUACCUGACAAUUGUUAACAACCCAGGCACUCAGCUUCUCUCGGCACACUACACAUUUCCCAAGAUGAUUUGGUCAGUUACCAUUUCAAAAUCGCUGAAUAAAAUAAAAUUGGUCAAGGAAUUCAACAUAAAGGAGAUUAAGAGUUUGGUACUCUACGUCGACAAUAUCGGACAAGAAAGCGAGUCCGAGUUUUACAAGUUGACUAACCAUUACUUUAAUAGAAAGUCUCGCGUAUCCAAAAGCAGAAUCUGCCUCGAAAGGACACAUUUCCCCUGAACUUCAAUAUAAUCAACUGGACCAAUCUUACUCAGAUACAUUUGAGGGAGGUGAUUGAUAUUCAUCACAU